CUCACCUCUCACUACUGCACAAACUCUCACUCUCCUCACACCCUCUUCCUCACAGCACGCACACCCAGACUCUGAUGGAAAAAAGAAAGAAAGAAAAAGGAAAGAGAGAAAAGGGGAGACUGCGAGAAGAGAAUGGAGGAGGAAGGCGGGAGCUGUCCAUGCCGAGCUACCAUGCGAGGAGAGAGAGAGUCGCACCUCAUCACCACCGGCCUGGAGCACGCCGUUCGUGUCCCAUCGCGUCGCCAUCAGAGGCCAGAACCGAGAGAGGUGCGUCCGAGAGGAGGGACGAGUGCGAGAGAGGAGACGCGGAAGAAGGACUGCCGCCGUUCUGCCUCGCCGCUGUCGAACUGCUAUAGCCGCCGCGCCUUGUCUCUGUCGCCGCUAAGCUUUAACCGCCGCCAUCUCUGUUGGGGGUCACCGUUAUUGCUGAAUGAAGAGGGAGAGUUUGAGUCGGCCAGUGAAGGGAGGAAGAAAGAGUCGCGAUGGAGGAGCCGUUCACCAUCGUCGCAUCUGCUGUUGCCAUCAACGGAGCUCGUCAUCAGGGGAGCAUCACCGACGUCACUACUAAUGAACCGUCUCCGUCCCUGUUGUGAUCUUGCUUAGCCCUAUACCCCCUUCAUUCUUGUCUCUAAAUCAGCACAAUUUUUCCCCUGUUCUGACUCCAUGUAUGAAAUUGUAACGCUUCCACCUUUACUCUGCUAUAUUUCCUUCUUUUCUUACAUGCUCUGGUUUUAAUUGCGAUAAUAUAUCUCUGUUUUAGUACUAUCGCCCUACUUUUGUUGCGUUUCUGCUGGAAAUUAUCUUGAGUACUGGUAUUAGUGCUAUCAUGGAACGGUUGGAGCUGUUGAUGUUAUGAUUACAUCUGCGAUGUAGCCGUGGAAGUUGCUGCCACCGUCUCGAUCCAAAUUCUGCACUCAUUCAUUUCAUUUUACUUCAAUCCUUCUCACCUUGGAUUCUGGCACUUCGGGUUCGAUAUCUUCGGUCCCUUAAGACCAUGUUGUGAGUAGGCUUUACAUUUAUAAUGGUUUGGUUUUAGGUCUAUAAUUAUUUUGAUAUACGGAACUUUGAACUUAGUUAUACUCACAAAAAUUAUUAUCAAAUGAUUUUAAAUUAGUUUUACUAAUUGAUUUAUUAGAACUAAAUAUUUAUCCUUGUAAAGCUCAUUUUAAUAUGCACAUGAGACUAUAUAUAUUUUUAUGAGACUAUAUGUAUGUUUGAAAAUAAAAGUUUAUAUUAUCUUAAAGCAUUUGGUUUUAUUUGAAUAUGUAUUUUUGAAGUAUUGAAAUUUGGUUGGUAC